UGUCAAGUGCAAAGGGGAUAAAUUCGAUUAUGUCUUAUAUAUGCGAAUUAUUCGAUUAUGACAAACAAUCGAAUUAAUCCAUAGUUUAUAUUCGAUUAUUCGAUUUUGCCCUAUGUCCAUUUAUUUAUCGCCACAAAUGAAGGUGUGGCUCUAGUUGAAGCUGUGUUGGGAGUGGUUAUGUGGUGAGGAACAAGGAGGAAAAAAAGUUUACUUUUGGAAUGUCUCACAAUGUUAAAGUGUGUGACAUUGAUGAUGAUGUCAAAGACGCACUCAAGAAGUUUCGCUUUCGUAAGAAUGAUACAAACGCAGCACUGAUAAUGAAAGUCGAUCGAGAGAAGCAGAAGAUAUGCGUUGAUGAUCUGAUAGAGGAUGUCAGUGUGGAUGACCUAAGGGAAAUACUUCCAGGGCAUCAGCCUCGAUUUGUUGUGUACAGUUACUGCAUGGAGCAUUCCGAUGGCCGUGUUUCAUACCCCAUGUGCUUCAUUUACAUCACACCUCGAGACAGUCAGAUGGAGCUUCAGAUAAUGUAUGCUGGGACAAAACUGGCACUGCAGAAGGAAGCAGAUCUGACACGGGUCUAUGAAGUUCGAGAACUGGAUGAACUGACAGAAGAGUGGCUGCGGGAGAAACUUUGCAAAUGAGCUUGCUUCAGCUGAGUGAGUCUUGCUUGCAACGAGUAGCUUGAAGCCAGUGCUGUUGAAAGUAUGAAAGGGCAUUUGAUAAUAUGUAAAAUCUCCCACAGCUUGCCUCAGUUAUACAUUGUCUAAGUUUUAUAUUGAAAACACAAUAUUUGAGAUGGUGGCUGAGCUCUCUGCUUACAGCAGACAUAGGUGCCAAAUAUGAGAGGCUCCUUUGCAUAAGCUAGUGUGAAUUGCUGGACAUUGUGUUCUUAAUAUAAAACCUGGAUGAUUGAAAAUACCUGGGGUAUAAAUCUGUGAUGUACGUACCUUCAUCAAAAAGAUUCAGAACUCAUCCUUGAUUUAAAUUUUUAUACAUAUUUCAGUGAUUUGAAACUUCUUGAAAUAAACUUAUAACCAUCAACUGUGGGACAGGAGAAGAGUUCAAUACCCAUCUAGGCACAGCUUUUAUUGUGCACUAUUUUCAUACACAGAUGUACAAGGUAGAAUACAAAGAAUAGUAGAUAGUAGAUAUAUGUGAACAGAAAAUAUCAUACAUACUGGAUAUUUGCUGGAUGAUGUGGAUGUUAAAUAUGCUGAGAAUAUUAUAUAUGCAUGUUGCAGCAACAUCAGAAAUGCUCAUUUGAGUUGUAGAUGGCAGUGCGGUUCAGUGUUAGCUGUAAUGAUUGUAAAUGACACUUGGCCAGGUAUGGUUUUUGCAACUGGAGGAGAGUUUGAUCAGUGCACAGUCACAAACAGAAGUUCCCACUGAUGAUUACUGGCGUGUGACUGUAUAGUUUGUUAUGUAUCUACUAGAAGACAAUGGUGUCACAUGCCAGAAGACAGCAUUCUUCAUAAUCAUUGCUGGGAGAUCAUUAGAUCUCACAAACCCGGGUGCUGUAUUGUUUUCAUAGUUCUUCUAUGGCAAAAAAUCAUAUUAAUGGGAUGGUUGCCUGGUGUUGAGCACUGUGCAAGUGCCGUCUUGUUACUUGUUCUUAUCAAUGGAUGUGCAGUUCAACACGGACAGUCUGGUAAUUUAAAUGUGACACUUCCCUGUUCCACAUCCUGUUCUGUUGAAUCCAUUUUGUCAUGCAAUGACUUGUGUGUAGGUUGAAUGAAAAUUAAUGCUUCAAUCUCGAUUACUUUUGUUGUAAUAAGGAUACUCCAAUUCUUGAAACAAGCUUUUUUAUUGCCUCUCUUUACUUCUCCACAUAAUCACCACCAUUCUCCACACACUUGCCAACACCGGGCAAGUUUCUCAAAGCCGGCAUGAAAGAACUCCACACUUUUUUUCUUCAUCCAGACACUGGCAGUCCUUUCAACCUCUUCAUUUGAGUCAUAUGCUCUUCUUUCAUUUAUGGAAGUCACAUGCUGUCACUGUAUGGUGGGCAUGGCAAGUUUGUGAGAUCCAACUUCUCUUUUGCUUCUGUGGUGGUUCGUGAGAUAUGAGGCCUAGCACUGUGAUGUUGCAGCAGAAUGUUCUUGUGCUUCUGAACUCUUCUUAAUCAUUCUUUCAAAGUUCUGAGUGUUGCAGUGUAGUGCUUUGAGUUGAUAGGGGUCCCAGGUUCAAGGAAAUCCAUGUGACUAACAUCAUCUGCAUCCCAAAAAACUGAAGCCAUGAGUUUUCCUGCUGAAGUUAUUUUUUCAGGUGAACCUUUGUGAUGAUAUUCCAGACUGAUGCUUUGUUUCAGGUUCAUAAUGAUGCACCUUGUUUCAUUGGCUGUCAUAAUGUGAAGAAAUUCCUCAUCUUCGUUCCCAUAGUGUCAUAAAAGUUUCUGGCAAAUUUUAGCUCUCGGAGCUUUCAUCUCUGCUGUCAGCAUGCAAGCAAACCAUCAUGCACAAACCUUCUGAUAUUGAAGAACAUCUAUAAUGUGACCCACACAUUCCUGUAAAAUGGCAAGCUUGACAGCAGUUUCCCUUUGAGUGAUCCGUUGAUUUUCCUUAAUCAAUUCAUCGACCUUUUCUUGUGAAACUCAUUGGCUGCUGUCACAGGUUGUCUGCUUCAUUGUUUAACACACAAAUCAGCUCUUCCUGGUUCACCAUCUUUACGUUUCUUGCCCCAGCAAUGCACAAUGCUCACAUCAACACAGUCAUCACCAUUAAUCUGCAUUCAGCAGUUGAAUUUCAGUUGGAGAGACUCCAUCAGCAGUGAAAAAUUCAAUCAUGGCAUGUUGCUUAAAGCGCACCGACGAGUGCUCAAGGCAGGCUCCCAUUUCAUGGAAAAUAGCAACACAACCUUUUAACCAAGUGACUUGCUGCUAGCCAAGUUGCGUUGCAGCGUGUACGAUGUCAGUGCUGCCAACUGUUGGCAAGUUAUGAAGUUUGAGGCAUUAUUUAUCAUUAAACCCUUGUAUAAUGAAAUCUUCUUGGGCUACCAGCCAUGUCAUUUUAAGAAGGACCAACAGUUCAAGGACAAUGUCCCCAUCAUCAGGGUCUGAUGUGACAUUGCACCCAAACCAUCCCAUCUAUCUGCUGCCCUGCAGUCCGUGAUUGAAACCGUGAGCCUGUGAGGGGCUUCGUGCUGCAGUCAGAAAUGUGCUUGUUUGAUGAUGUCUCCAGAUUGCUGUAUCUCUGUACUGCUUGAUCAUAUUAAUCAUCAGCUACCAGGACUGGCUGGGAUUGAACCGCAUGUCCCUGUUGAAGUGUCUGGGGUGAAGCCUGAUCUCAAUUGUCUCCUUUAUCUAGCAGUGUAUUUAAAAGUCAGUAUGAGGAUUGGAAAUGAAUGCUAUGUUCACAGAAAUAGUCCUGUCUCUUUGGGCAUAUGCACCAAUAUUUUGCCACAGAUGGGGGUUGCAUGGAACGUAUUACACUUGCAGAUCUUUGAUGGAUAUAAUGUUUAUAAAAGUUACAUUGAUAAUCCUUUCAGGACUAACCCUGAAUGUGUAUUUCCAGUUAUUUUUUAUCUUCACACCAAUCUUGAAUAAAAUCAUGUUAAUGUAUUUUUUUUUAAUGUUUGGGCUUCAGUUCAAUCCAGAGUAUGUAAAUUCUAGAGGCAGGAGACAUUCUGUCAGACACAAUUGAGAGAAAGCGAUAUCUACAUCUCCCCAACUAAGACACAUUUCAGUGAAAUUUGGUAGAGAUAAUCUGCAACAGCAGUUAUCCUGAAAAUAUUAUUUCUUCUACUUUAUAUAAAUUUACUUUAGUACAAAUAAUCACACUAAAUUCUGAAUACCACUGUGAAACAAAAUAUGAUACUUUUCAAAAUUUAUUAAUCUCUUUAAACAUAUCUGAAUAAAAUGAAUAUCACAUUCCUCCUAAACAAUAUAAUAUAUUGAAAUAAAUCUUUACUGAAUGGGUUGGUAUAGAGUUAACACUUUAGACUUGUGUAAGGAAGGUGUUUGUUUUGAAUCUUCACAGGGUCACUUGGAUAAUGCCUUGUUUAGGCCAUGACCAUUUCCAAAUUGUUUCCAAUUCAUCAGUCAUUCUACCAUGACAUGAUACAGUUGUGAUACCAGAAGUACUGUUAAGUAACCCACAAAAGAAUACUGAAACUAGUGUUGUAUAGAUGAUGCUUAUAAUUGUUCACAACUAAGUUAUGUUUACUGCGGAAACAAAAACAAAGUAUGUCUUUCCACUCCUGUCCAGUGUCAAUCAGUUUGUCCUGUUCUGUGAAGGACAAAGGUUUCUAAAUGCUAGGUAAUGCUUUAAGAGCACCAGUGGAUGAAUCAGCCACUCUUGACAACAGUUGCAGAAAGCUUGUGUUCAGUCAGUAAAAUCUGGCAUACACAUAUGGUCUCAAUGCUGUGAAAUCUUUAUGAGUAUCAAUGAGAAGUAACAAAUAUUGAUGUAUUGUUUUAUUACAAAAAGUGAUACAGUAAAAUUAAAUGUUACACGUUUGAAACAAAAGCUUAACAUCUUUGUACCCCAGUUAUAUGUGUUUGGGGGUUUGUGAAUGCUUCACCCUCAAAAAUUGGUCACCCUAAUAUAGGAUGAUUCAUUUUACAGUCAAAUAAAAAUAUAUUUGCUUUCUUCAUUGGAACUCCAAACAAGAGCAUGCAAACUAAAUAACCAACAAUCUAAUAAAACAUUAAUAAUUGUAAGUACCAUACUAGGAUUUCCUGGGAUCUGUAAGGGAAAUAUAUGACACUGAAUUAAAUGAUUUGUGCAUUUAAAAGCUUG